UGCUCAUGACGUCGUCGGGCCUUAUCCAGGAAGUAGAAAAACAUCAACAAUCCUGCAGGUUCAGACUGGGACAAGUGUCAGUGUGGUCCAGCCGCUGAGCCUCGUCCUCUCCGGCAUCACGCACAUUGUUGGUUUCAUAUUUAUAAACAGUGUUUGAACGUCGCGGACAUGUCGUUGCUGACGAAGAUCUUCGGAGCAGGAGGAAAAGGAGGAAAGGGACCGAGCCCGCAGGAGGCGAUCCAGAAGCUCCGGGAGACGGAGGAGAUGCUGACGAAGAAGCAGGAAUUUCUGGAGAAGAAGAUCGAGCAGGAGCUGCAGAUCGCCAAGAAAAACGGCACGAAAAACAAACGAGCGGCCCUGCAGGCUUUAAAAAGAAAGAAGAGGUACGAGAAGCAGCUCGCUCAGAUCGACGGCACGCUGUCGACCAUCGAGUUUCAGAGGGAGGCUCUGGAGAACGCCAACACCAACACUGAAGUGCUCAAGAACAUGGGCUUCGCUGCAAAGGCUAUCAAGUCUGCCCAUGAAAACAUGGACAUUGACAAAGUGGACGACCUGAUGCAGAACAUUACAGAGCAGCAGGAGCUGGCCCAGGAAAUAUCUGACACCAUCUCCAAACCUGUCGGCUUCGGGGAGGAGUUUGAUGAGGAUGAACUGCUGGCGGAGCUGGAUGAGCUGGAACAGGAGCAGCUGGACAAUAACCUGCUGGAGAUCGGGGGACCAGAGAACGUCCCUCUACCAAACGUGCCUUCUACUUCAUUACCUUCCAGACCUGCCAAGAAAGAGGAGGACAAGGACGACAUCGAGGACCUGCAGCGCUGGGCGAUGGAAGCCAUGUAAACACAGCAUCUGCUACAUCAUACCUGCAUCUGAGAGGGAAGCUGAAAGAACAAUUAGGAAAUGAAUGGACUGAUAGGAUGUUGUGAUGAGUGUUCUUUGUGUGUCUGCAGAGAGAUAACGUCUAUUUUAUGUAACACUAAAAAAAAAA